AUGGAUGUGAGUGAGAACAACGUUUGUGACACAGGGGGGGAGCAUUCAAAUUAUCCCAGAAAGGCCACGAAGCAGGUGGGCCACAGCUGUAACCUGCAGAAAGAGGUGGACAUGAAUUACUCCUACAGUCCUCCUGGAAACUCUGCUGGACCUGCAGCAAAACAGGAGCUUCCCGCAGACCUGCGGUGUGGAGACAAAGAAACCUGUGGAACCUUCUGCCAGGAACGAGGUGAGAGUCCAGCUGGGGAGUUCUCCAGCACCAGCCUCCACCUGCAGAGUGAAGAUGAGGAUUUAGAUCACCGUUCCUCUGAGCACCCCAGGAAACCACGGACGAUAACAAAGCUCCGUGAGGACAGCGGGAGCGCCGCUCUUGGGGAUGUGUUUGGUGAGCAGCUGGAGCCUGUCCCCGAGGAAGCUCUGCCCUAUCGAUGUAAGAAGUGUGGCUCCUCUUUCCGCGGCGUGAGAGAGCUUCAGGAGCACAGGCGAGCUCACCUGCUGGAAAACUCCUACCGCUGUCCCAUCUGCGCCAAAGCCUUCACCCGCGCGGCCAACCUGCGCAUGCACAAGCUCAUCCAUUCCAGCGAGAGGCCGCACAAGUGCCCGGAGUGUGACAAGGGCUUCAUCCGCACCGCCGACGUCUGGAGGCACCUGCGCAACGUGCACAAGAUCGAGCGCUCCAUGGUGAUCCUGGCCAACGGCAUGGCCAGGAACCCCUGGUCCACGGUGCACCGCGGCCAGCACGAUGCCGAGUGCCCAGAUCAGGCUUGCUCUGGAAACCCAAAGUCUCAGGAAGAUGACUUCAAACCUUACGCCUGCCCGACGUGCGGGAAAGGCUUCGAUAAACCCAACCUGCUGUCCAAGCACAAGGUGAUCCACCGGGAGGACAAGCCCUACAAGUGUCAGGAGUGUGGCAUGGCGUUUGUGCAGCUGCUCAGGCUCAAGAGACACCAGCAGACUCACUCUGGGGCACGGCCCUUCUAUUGUGAGGAGUGUGGAGGGACCUUCACGCGGCUGGCAUCGCUCCAGCGCCAUCAGCGCAUCCACACCGGAGAGAAGCCCUACUCCUGUAAUUUGUGUGGGCAUUCCUUCACCGAGUCAGGGACCCUACGGAGGCACGAGCGCACACACAAGUUGGGCAAACCUUAA